GGAUCGCCGAGGUAGAUGCUCAUCAAUUUGGUUGCAAAUUAUCAUCAUGUUCAAUGUGCCUGUCUGAUGCCUACGGAGCACAUAUCUACGACGUAAAGACUUGCCCACCACCAAGGCCGGUGACCGUCCUCUGUGUUUCAAUUCCGCCAAUGGAUACCCGAUCCGAUAUCCACAUGUUCCCCUUCCCCCCUUCUCUCCAAUUAUCAACAAUAUAAUCAAUCGGCCUGACUAUUCCUAUACCUACCAUCUGCCUAGGCCGGUCUACGAUGCUAACUAGCUACACGAUGCUAUACCUUCUCUUCACACAUUUUCUCUGAAAACAUUCUAUCGCUCUUCUCUCUUCUCUCUCCUCACUCCUCACUCUUCGCUCUUCGCUCUUCGCUCUUCAUUUGGCCAUUUCAUUCACUCUUUACCCGUAUGUUCUCGUGGCAAAUCAUAUCGUUGUAUCCCUAGAUACCUCCUCGAGUAGUGCCUGCCGAGUACCUCCCUCGUCUUCAUUCGUUCCUCGACACUAUCAUUUACAUCAAACGACGUAAAGGGAAAUAUAUACUGCAAUUCUGUUUACGAAAAGCAAGACACAUGUAUGAAAACAUCCCUACGACUCCGUACUUUGCACACAGAUACCCAGGGUACCAACUAAAUCGCGGAUUUCGAACAUCAAAAUCUUUUUAUUUUUUUCUAGCAGAAGACUGGUGGACCCUUGUAUAUACGCAUCCUCUAUUUACUCCCUACCCUAUACCACUACACCCUUCCGAGUUUAACUCGAGUGUGCUAAACGUGUACCUCGUUGAAACAAUCCCUUCCAGGCCAAAACCACUACUGCGAUUUGCGAAAUUUGGCGAUAACGAGGCAAAUCUGCCCUACUACAAUCGCCCACCUUUAUGAUAUUCCUUUCGACUUCACUUGGAUAUCUCUGAAUACAAUACCAUAUACCAUACAAAUACCAUAUAUCAAAUACCAUUUCUCUCUCUCUCCAUAUAUACGCACGCACGCACACACACAUCCAUCCACAUACAUACACACCCGCACGCACGCACACGCACACACAGGCACAUGAAUGGUGUGGUAAUCGAACUACAUACUAUCGUUCAGCUAAUCGAUGUUCCACUGACCAUAACCAUAACCGCCCGAAGUCUCUCCAAUCAUUAUCGAAAUUGAUCGACAACACCCGACAAACUACCUAGCCAUACCCCUCCUCUGCAACAUUCAUAUCCAAUAUAUAUCUUAUACCUUCAAAAGCGCGUACACCUACUUGGAACGACUAAUCAUGAGUUGAAGAUGUUAAUGAGUGACACAGACCGUGGUCUCGGUAAUAUAUUCAGAAAGAAAUACCUUCGCAACUUCCCACUCGAGUAAUAUAACCAAUUCUAUUGCAUAGGGAGAAUCAACUUUGUUACAACGGUAGACACCCACGUUCCAUAUACCUAGAAGAAAAUACAGCAACCUCAAAGCGCCACGACGCGCAAACCAUCGCCACUUAUGAAUGGGUUAUUGGGAAACGCUCCGCAGACAAAUAUGUAUGUGCGAGCGCUAUACGACUACGAGGCCGACGACCGAACAAGUCUUAGUUUUCACGAGGGGGACAUAAUACAAGUGAUCACACAAUUAGAAAGUGGCUGGUGGGAUGGUGUCAUAAAUGGUGUGAGGGGAUGGUUCCCCAGUAAUUACUGCCAGGUCGUAUCGGGCCCUGAAGAUGUCCUGGACGGCAAGCCGAAUGGGGUUGGAAUGGGUAUAGACGAUGAAAUCGACGACGAUGAAGACGACGAAGAACAAUACGAAGAGCAGUACGAUGAUGAAGGCGAAGAAUCAGAGCGUGACGACUUUUCACAUUUGCCUGCAACUGGUGUGAACAGCAAUGGAAGAUCAGGGGUGGAUUUCUGGAUACCUCAAGCGACUCCUGAUGGUAGAUUAUUCUAUUUCAAUACGGAGACUGGCGAGAGUAGUAUGGAGCUACCGUUGGAAUCGCCAUCUUCAUCAACGGAAAUGGGACCGAGAGAUCGGAUGAAUGUCAAUAUACCAGAGAAAACAAGGCCCCCGGCAGAAAUGAUGGCGCGAGGAUAUAUAAAUGAAUCAGACGAUGAAUCAGAAGGGAAUUCUGCAUCUGAGCUCGAUGGAGAGUCUAUAAUGCUCGGAUCUAAAUCCUCAUUUCCACGGAAGAAACGCAGAUCUCAAUUAUCCGAUGGUGUGUCACCAGCGACCUCCAUGGACUCAAUCAAUGGCACAUCUCCUGGCACUCGCUCACGAGCCGACACGUUCAAUACACCCAAUGUAUCCCUAACAGCAAUGCCGAUAGUAAACCCAUCUACAACCUCUUUCACGACUCCUGCUCUUGGUCCACCGCACGCUGCUACUUUGCCUCGAUCAUUCUUUGAUGAUGGCUCCGCUGCGCCACUGACCUGGAAUAGACUCGUUGCAAAUAUGAAGAGAGCUGUGGAUCGCUAUCGCGAAGCGAUCAAUAACCAUGAUCGUUCUGAGUACGUUCGCCGAGCUGAAGAUAUUUCCGAUCACCUCCGACUAUUAUUGGCUGCUGGAUCCGGUACCACUGAUAAUCAUUCUGGCCAGCCUUCUAUUAUUUCUACCAACAAAGCCCUCUAUCCCCACUUUCGGGACAUGAUGUCAAAAUUCUCGAAAUUGGUUAUUUCGUCACACAUUGCUGCUUCUGACUGGCCCAAUUCAGAGUCGUAUCAAAAAUGCUUGCAGGAGGCGGAUGGCGUACUUUUAGGCGUGUUCAGCUACGUUGAGGUCGCCCGCCAGCAGCGUGGCGAGGACAUACCACGAUUACUUCCCGGUUUUGUCGUUGGUAGCACUAUUGGCGGUAGUUGGCAAAAUAACGGGCUUGGAUCUAGAGAUCCUUUAACGUCCAACUUUCUCGACGAAGAUGAGAAUGUCGUUGAACCUUCUGCGAUUUUGGAUGCAAAUUUGAUGGAGAGACUCGAUGAUUUGAAGAGAAUGCUAACAUCUAGCAUUCGAAAAUUGGAGGAGCAUCUCAUACUAACCGACAAAAUCAUCACCCCUUACAGACACGAACUGAUUGGUAAUAAUGUCUGUGCAGCCGCGCAAAAAGUUCUCGAGAUGUUCAAGCCUUGGGUGUCUACGGUUGAAUCUAUCAACUUGUCUUCUCUCGGCGAUACAUUCCAAAAUCCUCAACUGAUUGACUUCGCCAAACAGAAGCAAAGUUUGUAUGAUAACAUAUCAGACUUGUUGCUUGGGUGUCAGGCUGUAGCUGGGCCUUUGGGUGAUGAGUGGGCGGAAGUCCGUGGGGAGUCAUUGGAAGGACGGCUGAAUUAUGUGCGCACGUGUUCAAGAUCUUUGGAGACAAACUCGUCUCAUAUUGGCUUCUCACUGCAGCUUCUUGGUGAGCUCGUUCAAACGGCUAUGCAGCAGGCUUUGCCUCUCGAAGAAAGGGCGAAAAAUUUAAGGAGAGGUGAUAGCGCGCCCUACGAGCGACUCCAUCAACGAUCGGACUCCCGGAAUCCAUCACUUCGUCCUAGCCUUGCAGAUAUCGGUAAGUCGCAAACUUACUCUGAAGGUGAUACAGUUCUUCCGCCAUUCCGAAAGGAGAACUCUAAAGUCAGGAAAUUCUUUGGCGAAGAGCCAACUCGAAGAGAUGCCCCAGACGAGACACCAGACUGCUUGAAGCUCGACCACGAAGAUGAUAUUUCCUACGAUACUAAAGUCCAGCCUCCUAUAUUGAAGGGCGGUACGCUUGUGGCAUUGGUUGAGCAGCUUACACGCCACGAUAAGUUGAGCUCGGAUUUCAACAACACCUUUUUACUCACGUAUCGGUCUUUUACGAAUGCGAGGGAGUUAUUCGAACAUUUGGUGAAGCGCUUUCAGGUACAACCUCCUGAAGGUAUGCCCCCAGGAGACUAUGGAACAUGGGUAUCCCGAAAACAAAAGCCAAUUAGAUUUCGAGUUGUAAACAUUUUGAAAUCAUGGUUUGAGCUUUUCUGGAUGGAGGAUCAAAGUGAUGAUACCAAAGCUCUCAUAGCCAACGUCUACACGUUUGCUCGGGACACUGUGAAAGCUACUGAAACACCAGGGUCCGGUUCAUUAAUGACUCUCCUAGAACAACGGUUACGGGGACAGGAAGCUACAGCCAAACGUUUAGUAUUGACCUUGAACCAUUCCACGCCCCAACCAAUUAUGCCCAAAAACAUGAAGAAGCUUAAGUUCUUGGAUAUUGAUGUAACAGAAUUUGCACGUCAACUUACCAUUGUCGAGUCAAAGCUUUAUGGGAAGAUCAAACCCACGGAAUGCUUGAACAAAACUUGGCAGAAGAAGGUUGGCGAAAACGACCCUGAGCCUGCACCGAAUGUGAAAGCUCUGAUCCUGCAUUCUAAUCAAUUGACGAAUUGGGUUGCUGAAAUGAUUCUCACGCAACUUGAUGUCAAAAAGCGCGUUGUUGUCAUCAAACAUUUCGUUCUUGUUGCCGAUAAAUGUCGUGCUUUAAACAAUUACUCAACUCUCACUUCCAUCAUCUCUGCGCUUGGUACGGCACCAAUCCAUCGACUAAAAAGAACCUGGGAUCAAGUGCCAGCCAAAACCUUGGCAGUACUGGAAUCUAUGCGUCGCCUUAUGGGCAGCACAAAGAAUUUUGGAGAAUACAGAGAAAGUUUACAUCUUGCCAAUCCCCCAUGCAUACCCUUUUUUGGUGUGUAUCUUACCGAUCUUACAUUCAUCGAGGACGGUAUACCUUCUAUCAUUAAGAAAACUACAUUGAUUAACUUUGCCAAACGAGCAAAGACCGCCGAAGUCAUUCGCGACAUUCAACAGUAUCAGAAUGUCCCGUACGGCUUGCAGCCAGUUCCGGAACUUCAAGAGUAUAUAUUAACCAACAUGCAAGCUGCGGGAGAUGUACAUGAAAUGUAUGAAAAGAGUUUAGCAGUCGAACCAAGAGAGCGUGAAGACGAAAAGAUAGUCAGGGUGUUGGCUGAAUCAGGCUUCCUAUGAUCGCCGUGCAUUGCGCAUGUUAGAAAAUAUCCCCGACAAUCACAUUUCUGUGACUGGGAAGCAUAAAACUCAAUUUACAAACCACCGAUUACCAGUCACCACCACGGAUUUGUUGUGAGACUUGAUUGUAUCAGGUGUUAAUAUUAAUACAUGCAUCAACGAAUUGACAAUAAUUUGUCACUUGCCAGGCUUCGUACACAACAACUCAGAGGUAUAACUUAGAGGUAUAUGUCGCAAUCGUGGCGAGGUUUCAGGGCACUCGCGGAUGAUAUGCAUUUUCAACAACCUACGAAGUUUUGAGAAUGCCAAUCUUGAUACCCAAUGCGCCUACCUCGAGCGAGAAAUGGAGCGAUCGAGGGGCACUUUACAGACUUAGUAGCAUGGCGUGGGUGUACUGUUUUUCUUAAUGCUACUAUCUAGGGAAUACUACUGCCGGGCGAGGAAACUAGGCGCAGCAAAUGGUGCAGCAGGUCAACGGAGUUAAAAUAUUUAAGGAAGACAUGUAGCACGGUACUUUAUCUAUCUGUUGCCAUUAUACCGAAACUAAAAUUAAAGGCAUUUACUUCUACUGCGUUCACCUAUAGAAGACUCGGUGGAUGGAGGUUCUCGAUCAGCACAGGUAGGUAGAUUACUGUGGAGCUCAAAAGUAACAAGCACAUUAGCUUCGAGGUAUGUUUGGCAGUAUUCCUCUCGGGUCUCCGUUGAGAUGUGAAGACUGCAGCUCCAUUGGUUGACAUGGAACAUGGGCAAAUCCCUGUCCUGAGAAACUUUCCUUUGUUGAUGUGCUAUUUGAACACUGCGUAUAAGUAGCAAGAUGUGUAUGAGACGACAGUGGUUCAUUGCAUAGAGUAUGUUCAAGUAAUUAGUGUAUCGCACCCCCUUUUUUCCGACGCAUCUUUUUGGUUCUAUAUCAACAGGCCUCGGGUGAAAUGACUUCUACAUGCAAUGUGCAAAAUGUUCUACUAGAGCAGAUCA